AAUGCUCGAUAUAUGCUCCACAUCUCUCUCGUUAUCCGUCAUCCGCUCUCAUAUCAUGGCUCGUUCUACUUGACUCUUGGAAACCUGGCUCAGCUCUAACUCCACGGUCGCUUCUGUGAUGUGUUCAGUUGUAAUGGCGAUCUUGCGGUUCGUCGUCAUGUAUGAUCGCGGUUUGCUUGAGUGUUGGCCCUCGGUCAAUACUUUACCUUGUUUCCCACGCAAAUUCAAUAGAUCUUCAAUUUUCGAUGUUCAGGUCGAACUUCACAGGAACAAACGCUGGAAUUGUAUAUAUAACCCUCGAUCAAGUCUGCCUACCAUCUCCGCAGAUCUCUCUCGACAAUCGCUAUCCACAGAACAACGAUAACGACCACAACCACAGCGAGAAUCUACAAACCAACACUUCAAGACACCAUCACAUCCCAAUAAUAAAAACAGAAGCAAUGCCCAACUACCGCCGCAGCUACAACGGCUUCCUCCCAGCAUCCAGGGGCGGCCCCGCACGUGCGCCGCGCCGUGGUCAACCUCCGCUUCACUCGUUUGGCCCCACACAAAUGCCCAGUAUAGGGCUGCAACAGGGGCUCCUUCGCAGUAUGCAAGGAGACGGGUUGAUGGGAUAUGUGGGGGGCUUUCGACGCGGAUUCGGUGGUGGUGGAGGGGGUAUGGGGUUUGACGAGUGUGAGGAUUGUGAGGGAUUUGAGGGACAUGGCGGGUAUGGGGGCGGCCUCAGGGGAUAUGGUGGGUAUGAUGAUGAUGAUUAUGACGAGAACGAGGGUCCUUAUGGAGGGUUUGGAGGGCCGCAUGGAGGACAUCCUGACUUUGGAUAUUAUUAGCAUACCGUGUGGUAGAUUGAGACCGAUGACAGUGAAGUAACAUACUUGUGGCAUAAAGUUCAGCUUUAGAUUACCUUCAAACUCUAAUUAGAAUGUGAAUGUCUGAAUGUGAGCUAUAAGAAU